CCAUUUCUUCUCUGAAGUUACAGUAUCGCUCACCGCCGUCUUCUAAUGUUGGUUUCCAGCCCUUUCGUUUCGAUCCUUCGCCAUUGUUGCGUCUCGGAGAUCUAGGGUUAGGGGUUUUCUCCUCUUUUCCUCCCCCGAAAACCGAAACCUAUCGUUUCGUUCUCGAAGAAUCUGGGGUUAGGGUUUGCUUCCUGGUUUCCGCGCUGCCGAUUUCGCCGCUCGCCGCCGGGUCUUAGGGCUGCGAUUUUUCUCGUUUUCCGGUCUCCAGAGACCCUAAAUCCGUUCCUCCUCGCUCGCAAAAUCUAGGGAACCGUGGGGGUGGGGGUUGUUCUAUAUAAUCCCUGGGCUCUUCGGCACGACUUCCUGAUACGCCUUCGUUGUUCUCGUGGCCUAGGGUUAGGGAUUCAGAUCAAAGUUUCUUCUUUUUUUGCAGCUCCUCUUCGAGAUGGGUGGAAGAGCGAUCGUCUCCGACGACGAAGAGGAGGUCGAAGAGGAAGAGGAUUCACGAGCUUUGGACAGGGAUGACGAUGGUAUCAAUGAGAGGGACGACGACGAUGAGGAAGAGGAGGAAGAAGAGGGUCAGGAUGAGUACGAGAAAGAUGGUUUCAUAGUGGAUGAUGCCGAGGAGGAGGAGGAAGAAGAAGAGGAAGAGAAGCAAGAGAGUGAUGAGGAAAGGCACAGGAAGAAGAAAAAGAGGAAGAGAAGAGAGUCAGAGAGAGGAGGCUAUGUGCUUGAUGAGGAUGACUACGAGUUGAUUCAGGAAAGUAACAUCACUGGCUUCCGUCGGCCCAAGCCUGAUACAUCAUAUAGGCGCUUAAGGAAGGCAGGAAGGGAUACCAAGGUGGAGGAGCUGUCUGGGUUUUCGGAUGAAGAAGAAUCUGAUAGAAAUAGUCGAGGCGGCCGGACUGCUGAGGAAAAACUUAAGCAGAAAUUGUUUGGUGAUGAUGAUGCGGCACGCCUGGAGGAUAUUGUGGAAGAAGAGGAGCAACCGGAAGAGGAGGAAGAUGCAGAUGUCAUUGGUGAGGAAGAUGAAAUGGCUGAUUUCAUUGUCGAUGAGGAUGAAGUUGAUGAGACUGGUGCCCCUGUAAAAAGGAAGCAGCUGAAGAAAAAGAGGCCGAGACAGGCAUUGGGUGUUUCAUCAUCUGCUUUACAGGAAGCUCAUGAGAUAUUUGGGGAUGUUGAUGAGCUGUUGAUGCUUCGAAAACAAGGCCUUGCAAGGGGUGCUGGUGAGUCUGCUGGGUGGGGUGAAAAGAGGUUAGAAGAUGAAUUUGAGCCAUUUAUUAUUUCAGAAAAAUAUAUGACAGCAAAGGAUGACAUUAUACGAGAAACUGACAUUCCUGAGAGGAUUCAGCUAUCUGAGGAUAUUACAGGGCCGCCUCCUACAGAUGAUAAGAGUAUAGAGGAAGAGAGUGCCUGGAUAUAUAACCAGCUUACUGGUGAUGGUAUUUCACAAUUAGCUGGGGAGGAUCAAGUAGUCAAGGAAAUUUCUAAGGAGGACAUUGGGAAUGUCUUGACAAUGAUGCACGUGCAAAAACUUGAUAUUCCUUUCAUUGCUAUGUACCGGAAGGAGUUAUGUGGUAGUCUAUUGAAAGAUUCUGAUGCAAACACGCAAGAUGGUGAAGAAGCACCACACAGAAUGAGGUGGCAUAAGGUUCUCUGGGCUGUUCAUAACUUGGACAAAAAGUGGUUACUUCUUCAGAAGCGGAAGAGUGCUCUUCAGACAUAUUAUAGUAAACGCUUUGAAGAGGAAAAAAGAAGAGUUUAUGAUAUGACGAGGCUGGAAUUGAAUGAUCAACUUUAUAAAUCAGUCACUGACGCGCUUAAUGAUGCACAAUCGGAGAGAGAGGUUGAUGAUGUUGAUGCAAAGUUUAAUUUGCAUUUUCCUCCUGGGGAAGUUGAUAUUGAGGAAGGACAAUUUAAAAGGCCAAAAAGGAAAUCUUUAUAUAGCAUUUGUUAUAAGGCUGGCCUCUGGGAGGUCGCAAACAAGUUUGGUGUUAAAUCCGAGCAGUUUGGAUUGCUUCUGUCACGAGAAGAAGUGGGCUUACCAGAACUGGAAGAUGGAAAGCAAACUCCUGAAGAGAUAGCUGCAAAUUUUACAUGUGCAAUGUUUGAAACUCCACAAGAUGUACUGAAAGGUGCAAGGCACAUGGCAGCAGUUGAGAUUAGCUGUGAACCUAUCGUGAGGAAGCAUGUCCGCACUACUUUUAUGGAUAAGGCUGUUGUCUCAACAAGCCCUACACCUGAAGGAAAUGUCACUAUCGAUCCCUAUCACCAACUUUCAGGUGUAAAGUGGCUGCGAAACAAGCCAUUAUCAAAGUUUGUGGAUGCACAGUGGCUUCUUAUUCAGAAAGCUGAAGAAGAGAAGCUCCUUCAAGUUACAAUAAAAUUAUCAGAAGAUGUACAGAAAAAAUUAUUGAAUGAUGCUAAAGAAGUUUAUCUAAGUGAAUGUGUCAGCAGGUCUGCUCAGCUUUGGAAUGAGCAACGCAAAAUGAUUUUGGAAGACUCAUUCUUUACCUAUAUUCUUCCUUCACUGGAAAAGGAAGCUAGAUCAUUGCUGGCUGCAAGAGCUAAGAAUUGGCUUCUUAUGGAAUAUGGAAAGCAAUUGUGGAAUAAAGUCUCUGUUGCACCUUUUAAGCGCAAGGAUGCUGACAAUGAUUCUGAGGAUGAAUCUGAGUUAAGAGUUAUGGCUUGCUGUUGGGGGCCUGGAAAACCAGCAACUACUUUUGUUAUGUUGGAUUCAGCAGGAGAAAUGGUGGAUGUGCUAUAUGCUGGUUCCAUUAGUUCUCGGUCCCAGGCGGUCGCUGAGCAACAACGCAAGAAAAAUGACCAGCAACGAGUCUUGAAGUUUAUGACUGACCACCAGCCUCAUGCUGUCUGUGUUGGAGCGGCAAACUUGUCCUGUAGGCAGCUUAAGGAUGACAUCUACGAGGUUAUUUUCAAAAUAGUGGAAGAUCAUCCGAGGGAUGUUAGUGGAGAAAUAGAAAAUUUUCAUAUUGUUUUUGGUGAUGAAUCUCUGCCUCGCCUAUAUGAGAACUCUCGGGUUUCUUCAGAUCAACUACCUGGGCAGCCAGGUAUUGUGAAACGUGCUGUGGCUCUUGGGCGUUACCUUCAAAAUCCUUUGGCAAUGGUUGCAACGCUUUGUGGACCAGGAAAAGAGAUUUUGUCAUGGAAACUUUGUCUGCUAGAACAUUUUCUUACUUCUGAUGAGAAGUAUGAGGUGGUUGAACAGGUAAUGGUAGAUGCAACCAACCAAGUGGGUAUUGAUGUAAAUUUAGCUGCAAGCCAUGAAUGGCUUUUUGCUCCUCUACAAUUUGUUUCUGGCCUUGGACCACGGAAAGCUUCUGCUCUACAGAGAGCAUUUGUAAGGGCUGGGUCCAUUUUCAACCGCAAAGAGAUUCCAAUGGGGAAAAUCCUGAGAAAGAAGGUUUUCAUUAAUGCUGUAGGAUUUUUGCGUGUACGCCGGAGUGGGGCAGCUGCUGCUAGUAGUCAUAUUAUGGACCUCUUGGAUGACACUAGAAUUCAUCCAGAGUCAUAUGAUCUGGCAAAAAAUUUGGCUAAGGAUGUUUAUGCUGAGGAUGCUCCGCAGGAACCACAUGAGAUGGAUGAUGAUGUACAGGAGAUGGCAAUUGAACAUGUAAGGGAAAGGCCACAUAUGCUUAAAGUGCUUGACAUUGAUGAAUAUGCGAAUAGCUUUUUCAGGCAGUAUGGUACUAGGAAAAGAGAAACCCUUUAUGAUAUAAAGAUGGAGUUGCUAAAUGGAUUUCAAGACUGGCGGAUGCCUUACACGGAUCCAAAUCCUGAGGAGGAGUUUACCAUGCUUUCUGGUGAAACAGAAGAUACAAUUUCAGAAGGAAGAAUUGUUCAGGUAACCAUUCGCCAUAUACAAGACAACCGGAUUAUUUGUGCAUUUGAUUCUGGUUUGAAAGGGUUGAUUAUGGCAGAUGACAUCUCUGAUGAUGGAUAUGAUCCUGAGAGGUUGCAAAUACAGGAAGGUGACAUACUUACCUGCAAGAUUAAGAAUGUAAACAAAAAUAGAUUUGUGGUAUACUUGACCUGCAAAUCCAGUGAGCUACGGAAAAGACUGUACUUUAUACGUAACCGUGAUCCUUAUUAUUAUGAAGAUGAGAUUAGUUUACGUAGCGACCAAGACAAGGCCCGCAAGGAAAAGGAACUUGCGAAGAAGCAUUUUAAGCCAAGAAUGAUUGUUCAUCCCCGUUUUCAAAAUUUGACAGCUGAUGAAGCAAUGGAGUAUCUCUCUGACAAGGAAGCUGGCGAGGGCAUUAUCCGCCCAAGCUCUAAAGGGCCAUCAUUUUUGACUUUGACUUUGAAAAUAUUUGAUGGAGUCUAUGCUCACAAAGAUAUUGUUGAAGGUGGAAAAGAUCACAAGGACAUCACAAGCUUGCUUCGUUUGGGGAAAACGUUAACGAUUGAUAAAGACACUUUUGAAGAUCUUGAUGAGGUGAUGGAUAGAUAUGUUGAUCCAUUGGUAAAUCACUUGAAAAAUAUGCUUGCAUAUCGCAAAUUCAGGAGGGGCACAAAAGCAGAAAUUGAUGAGCUGCUAAAGGCAGAAAAAGCAGAGAACCCAAUGAGGAUUGUUUAUUGUUUUGGCAUUUCUCAUGAGCAUCCAGGAACUUUUAUUUUGUCCUACAUAAGGAGUUCAAAUCCACAUCAUGAAUAUAUUGGGUUGUAUCCCAAGGGCUUUAGGUUUCGGAAGAGAGAUUUCGAUGACAUUGAUCGCCUAGUGGCAUAUUUCCAGAAAAACAUAGACAAACCACCACCUGAUGCUGGACUGUCUCUCCGAACAGUUGCUGCAAUGGUACCAAUGAAAAGCCCUUCCUGGGUUGGAAGUGGAUCUGCAGGGAGUGGUUCAGCAGGCAGUAAUGAUGGCUGGAGAGGCCAAACAAGUUCAGACAGGGAAAGGUCUUCUAACCCAGGAACAAGAAUAGGUGGCAGGUUUGAUUCCAGAAACAAUAGUGGUGUUCGAGAUGGCCAUCCUAGUGGGCUUCCUCGGCCAGGGCGUGGCCGUGGGCGUGGAAGAGGUAACAAUUUUGCUGGCAGUUCUGAUUUUGGUUCUGCAAAAUGGGGCUCAGGUUCAAAGGAUGAAGAUGAUGGCUUGAACAGCUUUCCUGGUGCCAAAGUUCAAAAUUCACCUGGGAGGGAAAGGUUCCCUGGCGGUUGGGGAGGUGGAGGCAGUGGUGGUUCAGGUGGAUGGGGCGGUAAUAACCGCACUGGUAGCGAUGCUGAUGGGUGGGGAAGCAAUAGCGGCGCUGGUAGUGGUGGAGGUAGUGGGUGGAAUGGUGGUGGAAGAGAUGGUGGCACUGGUGGUUGGGGUGGGGUUGGUAGCGGUGGUGGAGAAUGGAGUGAGGGUGGGAACACUGGCAGCGGUGGAGGCAGUGUCUGGGGAGGAGGCGGCCGUGGUGGUGGUAGUGGCAAUAGUGGUGGCAGCCCCAGCAAUGGCUGGGGUGCUGCUGGGAAUGGUGGCAGUGGUGGCGGUGGCAGCUGGGCGACAUCUGGGAAUAGCAGUGGUGGCGGUGGCGGCGGUGCUGGGUGGGGUUCUGGUGGUAGUGGCAGUUUUAGUGGUGGUGGCGGUAGUGGUGCCAGUGGGAGAGGUGGCUGGGGUGGUGAUGCAGCAGCCUCUAAAGGUCCAGGUGGGUCAGACUCUGGUUUUGGUGGGGGUGACUCGAAAAGAGUGGUUCCUCCACAGGCAGAUGCUACAAGUGGGUGGUCCGGGGGGAGCGGGGGCUGGUAAGGGAGCAUCUAUGGAGCGAGAAAGGAAGAUUAGGCUCCUUCUCCAUUUUUAUAAUCUGGCUGUUGUGGAUGCAGAAAAAAGCUGCCUUGUUCUACAUGCCCUUUUUAUCCUUGCACUCCAUUUGUCCUCUAAUUUUUGGGUUUGUAUAGUCUAACUGGGGUUGUAUGCCUAUUAUCAGUUUCUUGUUGAAACUGGAUAUUACCUAUAGAGGUAGAUAACUUGGUUAGAACAUUUGUCUUGUCCAGAAUGUCCACCUGUAUUUCGAACCAGAUACAUGGCAAGAGUAUUCUUAUGGAGCAAGUUAUUAACCCAACAGCAAUAUACCAGCAAUGGUGUUCAGUGUGGUUUUCAGUUUCAA